UGACAGCUUCAAAUAGAUAUUGCGUUUUACGAAACGUUUCUGUAUUGAUGAAAACCGUGAAAAGGCAAGAAAUUACUUGUAAUUUGUUAGAGGAAUAUUGUAAAAUAAGUAAAAUAAACGAAAAUGCCGGACCAUUUAGGAGAUGAUAUGCGUAAAAUCAAAGAUGAUAAGGAGGAACCAGAAAAGGAGAUCAAAUCACUCGAUGAAGGGGACAUCGCGUUAUUGAAGUCCUAUGGACAAGGACAGUAUACUAAGAUAAUCAAAGAAGUUGAAGAUGGCAUUCAGACUGUGAUGAAGAGGGUUAAUGAACUGACAGGUAUCAAGGAGUCUGACACUGGCUUGGCACCCCCUGCGCUGUGGGAUCUUGCUGCAGACAAGCAAACUCUACAAAAUGAACAACCUUUACAGGUGGCAAGAUGUACAAAGAUCAUCAAUGCAGAUUCCAAUGACCCCAAAUACAUAAUCAAUGUGAAACAGUUUGCCAAGUUUGUUGUUGACUUAGCUGAUUCUGUUGCCCCUACUGAUAUUGAAGAGGGGAUGAGAGUGGGCGUGGACCGCAACAAGUACCAGAUCCAUAUACCUCUUCCACCAAAGAUCGACCCGACUGUGACGAUGAUGCAGGUAGAAGAGAAACCUGAUGUGACGUACAGCGACGUCGGCGGCUGCAAGGAACAGAUUGAGAAGCUCAGAGAAGUCGUCGAGACUCCGCUCUUGCAUCCGGAGAAGUUCGUGAAGCUGGGCAUCGAGCCGCCCAAAGGCGUGUUGUUGUUCGGCCCGCCCGGCACGGGGAAGACGCUAUGCGCGCGAGCCGUCGCCAACCGCACCGACGCCUGCUUCAUCAGAGUUAUUGGUUCUGAAUUGGUGCAGAAGUAUGUGGGUGAGGGUGCUCGUAUGGUACGAGAACUCUUCGAGAUGGCGCGCAGCAAAAAGGCCUGUCUGAUCUUCUUCGAUGAAAUCGACGCUAUCGGCGGCGCCAGAUUUGACGAUGGCGCUGGCGGUGACAAUGAAGUGCAGAGAACUAUGUUGGAGCUUAUCAACCAGCUCGACGGGUUCGAUCCUCGUGGUAACAUCAAGGUGCUGAUGGCCACCAACCGGCCCGACACCCUGGACCCGGCGCUGAUGCGUCCCGGCCGCCUCGACCGUAAGGUGGAGUUCGGCCUGCCGGACCUGGAGGGACGCGCGCACAUCUUCCGCAUCCACGCGCGCUCCAUGAGCGUCGAGAGGGACAUCCGCUUUGAUCUGCUCGCCAGGCUCUGUCCCAACUCCACUGGUGCUGAGAUUAGGUCGGUAUGCACAGAAGCAGGUAUGUUCGCGAUCCGCGCGCGCCGCAAGGUGGCGACUGAGAAGGACUUCCUGGAGGCAGUCAACAAGGUCAUCAAGUCCUACGCCAAGUUCUCAGCCACCCCACGUUACAUGACCUACAACUAAUAAUUAAACAUAGAUAUUAUAUGUAUUUCUAUUACGUUAUACUUGGUUCCGUAAUAAAAUUAAUUGUAUAAA